GAAAAAAAAACCUUAACCAUCAUCGACGCGCUGGCGGUGCGGGGUCACGAACUAUGACCUUUAACAGGAGAAAAACAAAACAAAUAUUUUAUAAAAAUAGCAGAGAGCCCUAAAUCUGUGUCCAUCGUCUCUCGGAGACUUCACUAAUGACCUUACAUCAUUAUGACGACCAACCUCAAUCUGCUCUCUCAGCAGAAAGCCGACUCUGAGCACGAGGCAGAGGUGUCAUCCUCUCCUUCAGACUCAAUGAUGAGUGAGUCUCCACAACGCUUUCAGGUCAUCUCCACUGAGCCGGCCACAACGCCACAGCGAAUACAGAUUGUAACCGACCAGCAGACAGGUCAGAAGAUCCAGAUAGUGACAGCGAUGAAGCCAUCCAGUGCCCCCAAACAACAGUUCAUUCUGACUACAGCUGACAGCUCAGGGGCAGGCAAGGUCAUCCUGGCCUCACCAGACAGCCACAACACUAAGCAGCUCAUCUUCACUGCUGCGGACAGCCUGAUGCCAGGAAGGAUACAGAUUGUCACAGAUCCAGUGUCAAUGGAACGGUUGUUAGGGCAGUCGGGAGACUUAAGCCGACCACAACCUGUGGAGUACUGUGUGGUGUGUGGGGACAAGGCUUCAGGGCGUCACUAUGGGGCGGUCAGUUGUGAGGGAUGUAAAGGUUUCUUCAAGCGGAGUGUGAGGAAGAACUUGACCUACAGCUGCCGCAGUAAACAGGACUGCGUCAUCAACAAACACCACCGCAAUCGCUGCCAGUUCUGUCGGUUGAGGAAAUGCCUUAAGAUGGGGAUGAAGACUGAGUCUGUUCAGAGUGAGAGAAAACCCAUUGAUGUAGUGCCCAGAGAAAAGCAUGCCAACUGUGCUGCCUCUACCCAAAAGAUCUACAUUCGCAAGGACUUAAACAGUCCACUCAUCGCCACGCCAACCUUUAUCUCUGAUACAGAGACAGAUGGCUCCAGGUCCAGCCUGCUGGACCAGGGGAUGCUUGUUAAUAUCCAACAGCCAGUUAUCCAGAGUGAUGGAACUUUGCUGCUGACCGCUGACUCAAAGAUGGACUCUGGGCAGGGGGACUUGGGGACAUUAGCCAAUGUGGUGACAUCACUGGCCAACCUGAGCGACUCACUGAAAGAGAAUCUAAACAAUGGUGAUAUGUCGGACAGCCAACAUGAGGAUCAAUCUGCCAGUGAGAUAACACGUGCCUUUGACACCCUGGCCAAAGUUUUCAACCCACCUGAAUUGGGGGCCGGACAGAGACUGGCAGAUAAGUCGCAGUGUGUCAGUGGAACAACCAUCCAACUGAUUGGUCGAGACCAGGAGACCCCCAUCAUUGAGGUAGAAGGACCGCUGCUCACAGACAGCCAUGUCGGCUUUAAGCUGACCAUGCCCAGUCCCAUGCCCGAGUAUCUGAAUGUACACUACAUCUGUGAGUCAGCAUCCAGACUUCUCUUUCUCUCCAUGCACUGGGCGCGCUCCAUCCCUGCCUUCUCAGCUCUUGGUCAGGAGGCAAACACCAGUUUGGUACGAGCCUGCUGGAAUGAGCUGUUUACUCUGGGUCUCGCUCAGUGCGCUCAUGUGAUGAACCUGUCGACCAUCCUCACUGCCAUCAUCAACCACCUUCAGAGCAGCAUCCAGGAUGACAAGCUUUCGGGGGAGAGGGUGAAGCAGGUGAUGGAGCACAUUUGGAAGUUCCAGGAGUUCUGUAACAGCAUGACGAGGCUGGAGACUGACAGCUACGAAUAUGCCUACCUGAAGGCGAUAGUGUUGUUCAGCCCUGAUCACCCGGGUGUGGAUGGCAGCGGGCAGAUUGAGAAGUUCCAGGAGAAAGCGUUGAUGGAGCUGCAGGACUAUGUGCAGAAAACAUACCCAGAUGACACCUACAGGUUGACCCGUAUCCUGACUCGCCUCCCAGCCCUGCGCCUCAUGAACUCCAGCAUCACGGAGGAGCUCUUCUUCACUGGCCUGAUAGGUAACGUCUCUAUUGACAGCAUCAUUCCAUACAUCCUCAAGAUGGAGACGGCUGAGUACAACAGCCAGGACUCUGACCUGACAGAUUGAUAACCCCUCACUCCAGCACCCAGAACUGUCGAGUUAAAGAUUAGUGAGUCUCCACUUCAGGUACUCUCUUUGUCUCUCAACAGUAAACCACGUACUGUUGCACCAUAGUCCAAAAUCCUGCAGCAGCCCUUUGUUUUCUAAAGAUGCAUGGUGCAAAGUUAUUCAGGAAUCUUUGCCAGAUUAGGAUAAUCCAGCAUUGGAGAGCCAGGAUGACACUUGGAAUGUUGUUUCCUUGAGUUGAAACAGUGAGGUAAUCUUGAAUUGCCAGACUAAAAUCAGUCACUCUGAACUGAAGGAAAAAGGAAUCCUCUGCAGCAGCAACUGUGCUCAUCUCCUUUAAUGUCUUUAUCGCACUUCAAGCUGUUUACAUGUGAACUUUACUUUAUGACCUUGGCCUUUCAAAUUGUAUGAGUCUUUUAUAAGCCUUACCAUGCUCUCAUGUUGAUCACUUACUUAAAUUAGCACUACCUUAUGUUUCAGAUAUCAGAUGAGCUAUUAACAAACCCAGUCUGUAAUCUUAAAACACAAACAGGAACUUUACGUGUGGAAGUGGAAUUUCAUUUGAGACUAAAGUACAGCUGAGUGCUUACUUCAAAAGUGUACUUUGAUGCUGUAAGGUAUUUGUUUAUGUGGGUAUUUGGGAACAUUGGCACAGUAUAAGAUGACCUGUUAGUGCUGUUAAUUAAGUAUGACUUUUCUGGGUGGGGAAGGAAUUGAAACAAGCUUUGUAAAAAGUGUUUCCCCAGCAGAGAGACAUUUGAAGUAAAGAUAACAUGACUCCAGUUGACACCAACUCAUUAUGUUACUGUAAGUGCAAUAAAAGCUUCCCAACAACAGUAAUUUAGGCGCCUAAAACCAAAGAUGGACAGACGUUGACCCCAAACUUCUGAAAUUCAGGCCAAAAUAAUUGCGUUUUUUUUUUUUUUUUUUUUAUGGCAACCGACAUGAAUAUAGUGGCAGUGGUGAGGACACUAAACUCUGCUAAUGCUGUUCUGUAAUAUUUUAAUUCAUUAGGUUAGCCCACUCAAAGCAGUCAAUAUAGGGGAAACAUCAACUUUGAAGCUGACACAAUUACCCAGGAGAUACAAGACAUUAAAGUACAGUUCUUCACUUUGAAUACAUUCAAGUAAUGGUUGGAACGUGAGCUGCAAUCAGGUACAAGAACUAACUUGAACCUCAGUUAAUUCAUGCUUAAUCUGGAUUCAUAUGGACUGGCUAUCAUAGCAUCGAUCCACCACAGAGUGCAUUCUUAGCUCAUUUUAACAUGAUCAACUUCUUUCAGUUUCACUUUUAAUUCACAUUCAUGAAGUCACGCAAGACAAAUUAGCCAGUCCGUUUGAGCAUGUCUUUUUUAAUGCUGAACGGCAUUGCAAAUAUUUUAGGUUUGGGAGUGUUUUUAUGUUUAGGUACACUUAUUUCUGGGUUAUCAUGAAUAUGUUGCUAAUAUAACCUGUGCAAUCACCUCAUCACUUUUCCCCUUAUGACAAUCAAUUAUAUGUUAUAUCCUUCAGUCCCAUCAGUGUCAUGACUGUCUCAAUCUACAUUUUGUAUGUGUAUUUAUCAAUGGCAAUUAUUUCUUUUAAGGAAUUAGAUUAACUUUAAGAUUUUGGGUUCAGAAAUGUUACUUAUCUGUAGCUAUGCUACUGUUUUUGCACUUGUGUUUGCAUUUGUACUCUGCUAAGUGCACAUCAAUCAGUUUUGUGGCGUUCCACUGUGUUCAUGCUGACUAAAACUUUGUGUUUUGUAUGUUUUCUAAAAACUUUAAAUUUGUUGUGAACAAAUGUGCUUGUUGCAUACUAAGUGUACUUAAAGUACUUUUGGGCAGGUUUCCCUGAUUUAAAAGUAAAAAGUAGAUUUUCUGGGAAGCCAGUCUCGAGUGCAUUGACGUCUUGAAGACCAUAUAGAGAUGUGCAUCGGCUCACCCACUUACAUACUGGUUCAGAAUAAGCAUCCACAGUAACACGAAUGGUAACGGGGAUGUAAAGAAGUAGACAAGGAUAAUGUCUUGUGAAAUAAAUGUCAGUUGUAAUAUUUGGGUUUAAAACCCAUACAGACUUUGUAAAGGCACUGUCGUGAAAUGACCUUUGUACAUGUAAUUUCAUAAAAAUGAGUGCAUGUUGUUUUUAAGCGGGGUUUUAUAAUCUUGUCGCUGUCUGUCCUGAUAAGGAGCAUUGUUAUAAUUUUUAUAGUGCAUUGCAGUGCAUGAUGAAGUUGCUUAAGUGCAUUUUAUUAAAUGCUGUAUGGAAAAUGUUAAUUUAAAUGUUGUGGCUUUAAAAUAUUUACCAUGAGCAGCUCCCACAUUAGAGGAUAUUAGAUGAAAAAAAUUUUUUUUUUCAGAUUUGUGGAUUGAGUAUCCUAUGGUUGAGAUUUUAUACUAUGUAAAUGUAUCUUGUUUUUCUGCUCAUGUAAAAUGUAUUUCUUCAAACCAUGAGACUGAGAAAUUCAAACAACAUUCAUGUUUUGCUUAAGUUUGUCACAACCCUACAUUUCUACCUCACACCGAUGACGAUGAUGUUGAUAUAAAACAAAUGUAUUAAUGACUGAGCUCCUGUAUCAGCAUUCCAGUCUCUGAGGCUGGCUUCUCUGAAGCCAAACAUUAUAAAA